CUCUCUCUACCCAAAAUUAUUAUGGUAAUGCCAACCCAGACCCACUCUCUUUCUCUUUCUCUCUCUACAAAAUGAAAUGAAAAUGAUAAUCUGCACCAGCCAGAAGAGCUUCGUCGGUCAUGGCCGGAUCCUUCCCUCUUUCCGGAAUAAGGAGGAGGAGGGGGUUUUGUGUUUUGCCGGGUAUGAGACAGCUUUGCCUUAGAAAGAAUUUGUUGUAUGGAUUUGUCCGCUUCUUGUCACUACCUAUUAAAACAUUAAGAGGUGUUACUCGUACAUUUGGAGCUAACCAUUUCUGCAGUGUCAUUAAAUUGUCAUCUACCUUGGAGAUUGAAUUGAUUCCUUGUCUAAGGGAUAACUAUGCAUAUCUUCUACAUGAUGUGCACACUGGCACAGUUGGAGUUGUUGAUCCUUCUGAAGCAGUUCCUGUAAUAGAUGCUCUCACUAAGAAAAAUCGAAAUUUGAAUUACAUACUCAACACUCAUCAUCAUCAUGAUCAUACUGGCGGCAACUUGGAGUUGAAAGAGUUUUAUGGAGCCAAGGUAAUUGGAUCAGGUAAAGACACUGAUAGGAUUCCUGGCAUUGACAUUGUAGUGAAUGAAGGGGAUAGAUGGAUGUUUGCAGGUCAUGAAGUAUUGGUUUUCGAAACACCUGGUCAUACACGAGGUCAUAUCAGUUUCUAUUUUCCUAGAUCGCGAGCUGUUUUCACAGGAGACACUCUAUUUAGCUUAUCAUGUGGUAAACUCUUUGAAGGGACACCAGAAGAGAUGGUUUCUUCGUUAAGAAAGAUAUUGGCUCUACCUGAUGAUACAAACAUAUACUGCGGUCACGAGUACACUUUGAGUAAUGCGAAGUUUGCAUUGUCGAUUGAACCAAAGAAUGAAGCUCUUAGGUCGUAUGCUGCUCAUGUCACCCAACUCCGUAACAAGGGAUUGCCUACGGUUCCAUUUACGCUAAAGAAGGAGAAGUUGUGUAAUCCGUUCCUACGGACUUCAAGUGCGGAAAUCCGACAGUCUUUAAAGAUUCCGGCGACCUCUAGUGAGGAGGAAGCAUUGGGAGCAAUCCGACAAGCAAAGGAUAGCUUUUAGUUAGGUAUAUAUAGCAGCAACAUACAUACAUUUUUUUUUACUUCCUAUUUGUACAGAGUUAAGGUUUCUUCUUCUUGUAUUAUUUUUUACUAAUUCUUUUAACUCCCCUACCCUUAAAAAAACCUACCCUUUGUGUAAAUAAAAAAAAGCAUAAAUUUA